UAAAGCUGCAAUGCAAUGGGUGCAAUGCAAUGGUAUAAGAUUCUGAUAAACGUAUUUCUACCAGGUUGAGUGUCAUACAAGAGAAAGGGUAUUUCUUAUAAAAAUAAGAAAUACGAGGUACGUGUUUUUUUAAUACACAUUGAAAGAGUGGAAUCAUGAACGCGAUAAUUGGCUUGUCCGUGUUAGCAAUUGCUUUAAGUGGGGUUUAUGGAGAUUGUUUUGAUGACUUAAGCAAGGCGAAAGGACAAGAUGGAAAGCCGUUGUUGGGAGCAUUUAUACCAAAAUGUAAUUCAGAUGCCACUUAUGAGGAGAUGCAGUGCCAUGAGGGGUACUGCUACUGUGUGUUUCCACAAUCGGGUGUUGAAGUUCUUGGAACAAGAGUGAGGUUUGCAAGACCAGAAAACUGUGAACUCACACCAUGCUUCAAUGCCAGACACCAAGGUAUGGUUCUUUUAAAGCGUGGCUUACUUGGCGUUUCUGUGCCACGUUGCGAUAGUAACGGUGAUUACUCAACAGUACAAUGUCGAAAAGGCAUGUGUUGGUGUGCGGAUCCGCUGACUGGAAAAGCAAUCGGACAAGCAGGUCCUUCUAUGCCGAACUGUUAAUCGUGAAAACUAUCAAUAAGAAUAUAUAAUAACAUAAAUAACAAA